ACAAGAAUAUACGGCUGGAAAGUGAACCCUGGGUUUAGGGUGGGUUUGCGGUGAUGGAUCCGUUGGACGCGCUCCGGCCGCUCAUGGCGUCCCGCGAUCCGCCCCUGGACGCACUCAUCGUUCCAUCCGAGGACGCUCACCAGAGCGAGUACGUCGCGGACAGGGACAAGCGGCGGGAAUUCGUGUCGGGAUUCAGCGGCAGCGCCGGCCUGGCCGUCAUUACCAAGAACGAGGCAUUGCUGUGGACCGAUGGCCGCUACUUCCUUCAGGCCACGCAGCAGCUCAGCGAGCGGUGGAAGCUGAUGCGAAUUGGAGAGGAUCCAGUCGUGGAAAGCUGGCUGGCCGAUAACCUGGAAAGCAAUGCUUCCGUUGGAGUGGACGCUUGGUGUGUCUCCGUCUCUAAUGCAAAGAGGUGGAGGGAGGCGUUCGCUAAGAAAGGAAUUGAGCUGGUGAAGACCGAGCGCAACCUUGUCGACGAGAUCUGGAAGGACCGUCCCGCGCAACCGGUUUCUCCUGUGACCAUCCAGCCGCUCGAGUUUGCCGGGCGGAGUGUUGCAGAGAAGCUUGCUGAUAUUCGUGGGAAACUUUCUCAGGAGAGAGCCUUUGCUCUCGUUGUUUCGACACUUGACGAGGUUGCUUGGCUUUUUAAUUUGAGAGGCUCCGAUGUCAUGUACAAUCCUGUUGUCCAUGCCUAUGCGAUUGUCACUCUCGAUUCUGCGUUCUAUUAUGUUGAUAAGCACAAAAUAACUGCGGAGGUUGAGAGAUUUUUGACGGAAAACCAAGUGGUGAUCAAAGACUACGAGGAGGUUGUACAGGACCUUGAUGCGUUAGUUUCCUGUCCCGAAGAAGUAAUUGAUGGGAAAGGUCUAAUAUGGAUAGACCCGAACUCCUGCCCUCUCAAGCUGUACCCCGACAUUCCAGCCGACGAAAUGUUGUUGCAGCAAUCGCCAAUAGCUCUGUCCAAAGCUUUGAAGCAUCCUGCAGAGCUUGAGGGUCUUCGAAACUCUCAUGUUCGUGACGGAGUUGCAGUGGUGUCUUUCUUCGCUUGGCUUGAUAACCAGAUGCAGGAAAUUUAUGGUGCCCCUGGUUACUUCCUAGAAACAAAAACAUCUCUCAAACGCAAAUCACCAGAGGUGGAGAAAUUGACAGAAAUUUCUGUAAGUGACAAGCUCGAAGAAUUUCGUUCGACGCAAAAGCAUUUCAGAGGACUGAGCUUUGAAACCAUCUCCUCGGUGGGAGCAAACGCUGCUGUCAUUCACUACGCUGCAAAACCCGAGAGCUGUGCCGAGCUUGACCCGGACUCGAUUUAUCUCUGCGACUCUGGAGGACAGUACUUGGAUGGAACAACAGAUAUCACCCGUACCGUGCAUUUUGGCAAGCCUUCGCCGCAUGAAAAGGCUUGCUAUACCCAGGUUUUAAAAGGACACAUCGCGUUGGAUUCGGCCAUUUUUCCAAAUGGAACAACUGGCCAUGCUUUGGACGUAUUGGCACGGGUUCCACUAUGGAAAAGUGGACUGGACUAUCGACAUGGGACAGGCCACGGUGUUGGCUCCUAUCUUAAUGUUCACGAAGGACCUCAUCUUAUUAGCUUUAAGCCACAGGCUCGAAACGUCCCAUUGCAAGCUUCCAUGACCGUAACGGACGAGCCGGGAUACUACGAAGAUGGCAAGUUUGGAGUGCGACUGGAAAACGUUCUCAUUGUCAAGGAAGCUCAAACAGCACAUAAUUUCUCAGACAAAGGCUACCUCUGUUUCGAGCACAUCACUUGGGUAUGGAGUGUUCUUCAUGAGAUCUCCAGCUCUUAUCCUUUCCUCCUGUCUUUCAGGUCCCUUUCCAGAGGAAGCUCAUCGACAUGUCGCUACUGUCACCUGAAGAGAUUGCAUGGGUCAACGAGUACCAUGUUGGCUGCCGAGAGAAGCUGGGACCUCAUUUGUCUGGUGUUCAUUCGGAGUGGCUCCUUGAUGCAACACAGCCUCUAUAGAUUCUUAGCGGACUUAAUAACCUUCCAAGUUUUAAGAUGCAAUUUGGUGUUGAUUUGAUUCUA